AUGAAUAUCAAGUUGCAGUCCUUGGUGCAAGGUUCGAAAUCGGUGGAGGAAUAUUUUAAGGAAUUGGAGAUUUUGAUGAUGCGAUUGGAUAUUGAUGAGAGCAAGUCAUUGACAGAAGCUCGGUUCAUUAAGGGUUUGAGGCGUGAGAUAGCUUAUACGGUUGAGCUGCACCGUUUUCGUUCUCUUCGAGAAGCUGUGGAUUUGGCUAUCAAACGCGAGGAGCAGCUCAAGAGACCAACCUCAACUGGAUUCUCAUCUCAAAGAAAGUUUCCAACCAGUUGUGUAGCUCCGGUUGUAUCUUCUACCGGAUCUAAAGGAAUUGUUUUCGCUAAGGCCUUCGAUAAAAAUAUGGAUAAAGAAAAAUAUAAAAUAAUUGAUAAGAAGGAUGAGGCUGCGAAGUUCAAAGGAAAGGAUUUUGGACAACAAAAAGAAAAGAUUGGAUAUGUCGAUGAUGGUGAGGGCGAUGAGCUAGUAGAGGCUGAAGCAGAGGCUGGAAGUGAUGAAGACGUUGAAGAAGUGUGCGAUGAGGAUCCAUUAAAUUUAGUAGUCAUGCGUGCCUUGAUAUCUUUACCACGCGAAGAUAAGGAUACGGGACAGCGAGAAAAUCUAUUCCAUUGUCAUUGCAAGGUAGCGGGACAUACUAUAUCCAUGAUAGUGGAUUCGGGUAGUUGCACCAAUGUUAUUAGUUCCUAUGUGGUCGAGAAGCUGAGUUUGAAUACCACCCCACACCCGAAACCAUAUAACCUACAUUGGAUGAGCGAUGAAGGAGUUCUCCGUGUCGAUAGACAAGCGAUUGUUACCUUUUCGGUUUGUGGUUUCAGCGACGAUGUCCUUUGUGAUGUGUGUCCCAUGACUGCAUGCCACAUUCUUUUGGGACGACCAUGGCAAUUUGAUAGACGUGUUUUGUACGAUGGAUAUAAGAAUCAAAUAUCGUUCACUAAAGGUCACAAGAAGCUGAGCAUUUUCGCCCUUCCACUCGAGACCAUCCGUCGUGAUGCUGAACAUUUACAUAGGACUAUGCGAGAUGUGGAAAAAUCAAAAGGGGUUGUUGUUACCGUUUCGGCAAAACCUUCCGAGGGAGACGAUAGCAAGUUGAUGCUUAGUCUCAAAGAGUUCAACAAAGAAGUUCGCCAAAACAGUAACCAAGAUGAGGGAAGUUACUUUUAUAUUCUCUUACUCAAAGAAGUACUUGUUAUUGACGAUAAUUCUUUUUCUCACUCGUCUCGUCCUUUUGUAGACUUGCUUAAAGAGUUUGAGGAUGUUUUUCCGGAUGAUAUACCACCUGGAUUACCACCAUUGCGAGGCAUCGAACAUCGUGUUGAUUUUGCACCAGGUUCAUCAAUCGCCAAUAGGCCAGCUUAUAGGUGUAAUCCAAAAAAAAGUGAGGAAAUUCGAAGAAAAGUCCAAGAGCUUCUUGAUAAGGGAUGGGUUCGAGAAUCUUUAUCUCCUUGUGUUGUACCUGUUUUACUUGUCCCUAAAAAGGAUAAUUCAUGGCGUAUGUGUGUUGAUUGCAGGGCCGUCAAUGCAAUUACUGUGAAAUACCGACAUCCAAUCCCUCAAUUGGAUGAUAUGCUUGACAAGUUGCAUGGAGCACGAUUGUUUACAAAAAUUGACUUAAAGAGUGGGUACCAUCAAAUUCGUAUGCAACCCGGAGAUGAGUGGAAAACAGCUUUUAAAACUAAGUUUGGGUUGUACGAGUGA